AAAAUCUAUUCUUGUUCAGCAUUUGUCAAAAAGUGAGGAAGUAGCUACAGCUGAUUUAUCGCUUGGAAAUGAGGAAUUAUUAUUUAAUGUUUUACAAUAAAAGCUGUAGAUAAUUCAUUAUGGAUGUGGUGGGACUUUUGAGCAAUAUAAAUGACAAAUCCGAUAUGUUUGCUGUGACGACAUGGACAUCCGAGUGGUCUAACAAUUUCCAAGAGAAUCAGUUGCUGUGGUCGUUCUGCGGGUGUCUACUGGUGUCCUUACUGGUCGUAUGUUUCUAUUACUACAGAAGAUGGCGCGCCAAAGAAUUAUCGGGAGGCGCAGGCGCAGCCGGCGCUGCCGGAGAGCCAGCGAAGCGAUUCCGCAAACGGGACAAGAUGUUAUUCUAUGGGCGCAGGAUGCUGAGAAAAGUGAAGUCCAUCUCGAAUUCCGGCCAGGGUAGGAAGAGACGUGCCGUCAUGCGAUUCGCCAGGAAACUCCUACAGUUGAAAAAGGAAUCUGCACCUGAACAACUUAAGGUGUUGGAACCACCGGCAGAAUACCUGGAGGAAGAUCUGACGAGCGACGAUCGAGUGCCCCCCGACGCUUUGUACAUGCUGCACAGCAUUAGGGUGUUCGGACACUUCGAGAAACCAGUGUUCCUCAUGCUGUGCAAACACACCGAGAUCCUCAAUCUACCCGCCGGCGCUUUCCUAUUUAAAGUCGGCGAUACGGACGAGAACGUGUACGUGGUGCAGACGGGACGUGUGAACGUGUAUAUCACGAACCAGGAAGGCAGCAGUCUCUCGCUCAAGGUGGUCCGCGCCGGCGAGAGCGUGACGUCACUGCUCAGCUUCACCGACGUACUCACGGGUCACUCUCAACCGUACAAAACAGUGAAUGCUAAAGCGCUAGAAGACUCGCAAGUGAUUAAAUUGCCAAUGAGAGCCUUCCAAGAGGUCUUCAGGGAGUAUCCUGAUAUAUUCGUUCGAGUUAUACAGAUCAUCAUGGUACGUCUUCAACGAGUCACGUUCACGGCUCUACACCAGUACCUUGGUUUGAGUGCGGAAUUAGUUAAUCCGGGCCGCGAGAAACGCCGCCCAACGACAGUGGUGUCAUCACCCGGGAAAACUGCGAAAGUGGACUGCACUACCGCUGCCCAUUCGCCCCACCACGUGGAGAGACAGCAGUCCGAACACCUGCAUGCGCCCGAGGGCGGUCACCAAGUGUCUUCUCCCAUACACAUACAAGGAAGGCGACAGCGUCCCGACAUGGUACCUGACAUAACGUCCAACACGCCACAGCAACAGCCAGACGUCCAACCGACUCCACCGCUACAACGUGCGAAAGAGGGAUCGUCGUUCAAGAAGAACAACAAUGAAAAUCUGGAUGAGCAGGCUUUAACUCAAAUAGCAACUGAGGCUUUCGUCAAAGAACUGGGACUGGAAAGUGACACGCUGCUGAGAGGUCACGUGCAAGUGAGGGACCUUCCCGCCGGCACGUACAUUAUGAAGGAGGAGAGCCACAAGGACGUGGCGCUGGUGUACCUACUCUCCGGUGCGUUGCUGGUAUCACAGAAAGUGGCCGAGGGGGAAGGAGAGGUGCAUAUGUUCACUGCAUAUCCAGGUGAAGUGGAAGGCGGUCUCGCGGUGCUAACUGGCGAGCCGAGUUUCUUCUCGAUACGAGCGAAGCACUUCUCGCGCAUCGGGCUUCUGUCCAAGACGACAGUGUAUAGCAUAAUGCGAGAGAGGCCUUCUGUAGUGUUGCACAUAGCGAAUACAGUUGUGAAGAGAUUGUCCCCGUUCGUGCGGCAAGUGGACUUUGCAUUGGAUUGGGUGUUCCUCGAGUCUGGUCGCGCGGUCUACCGCCAGGACGAGGAGUCGGGCUCCACGUUCAUAGUGUUGAGCGGUCGGCUGCGUUCAGUGAUCACGCACCCCAACGGCAAGAAGGAGCUCGUGGGCGAGUACGGCAAGGGCGAUUUGGUUGGCAUCGUGGAAAUGGUGACCCAGACUCGCCGCAGUACCACAGUGAUGGCCGUCCGCGACUCUGAACUGGCGAAGCUGCCUGAAGGUCUAUUUAACGCGAUCAAACUACGCUUCCCCGUCGUCGUCACUCGGCUUAUAAACUUACUCGGUCACAGGAUUUUAGGUUCAUGGCAGAAGCCGACCGCGGGCCUGGGCGGGCCGGCCACGUUCGAGUCCCGUCCGUCGCAGCACAACUUCUCAACGGUGGCCGUGGUGCCGGUCAGCGAAGACGUGCCGCUCACCGCUUUCACUUAUGAGUUGUACCACUCGCUGUGCGCUAUUGGUCCCACUGUCCGUCUUACAUCCGAUGUCAUUAGAAAACUUCUCGGUCUCACCAUUAUGGAUCCGAACAACGAGUACAGACUAAGCUCAUGGCUUGCACAACAGGAGGAUAAGCAUAAGGUGGCGCUGUACCAGUGUGACCCGAGCCUGACUCAGUGGACUCAGCGUUGUAUACGGCAAGCUGAUUGCAUUUUAAUAGUGGCGCUGGGCGAUAAGCAACCCAGUAUUGGCAAGAUCGAGAAGGAAAUCGAACGUCUCGCGAUUCGAACGCAGAAGGAGUUGGUGCUUCUUCAUCGCGAGGGUGGUGCUAACCCAGAAGGAACGGUCCACUGGCUGAACAUGCGCACCUGGGUCAGCCAGCAUCACCACGUGCGUUGCCCUCACCGCAUGUUCACCAGGAAGAGCCAGUACAGGAUUAGCGAGCUAUACACGAAGGUGCUAAUGUCGGAGGCGAACGUGCAUUCAGACUUCUCUCGGCUCGCGCGUUGGCUCACCGGCACCUCCGUGGGGCUGGUGCUGGGCGGCGGCGGCGCCCGCGGGGCUGCGCACGUCGGCAUGAUCCGUGCCAUACAGGAGGCUGGCAUCCCUAUAGAUAUGGUGGGUGGCGUUAGUAUCGGCGCUUUUAUGGGCGCUCUGUGGUGCAUGGAGAGAAACAUCACCACUGUCACGCAGAAGGCUAGAGAAUGGUCGCAGAAAAUGACUCAGUGGGGCAAACAGCUCCUUGAUCUCACAUAUCCGGCCACAUCCAUGUUCUCUGGCCGCCAGUUUAACACGACCAUUCAUACUACCUUCGGUGAUGUCCACAUUGAAGACCUGUGGCUUCCAUAUUUCACUGUUACGACGGAUAUCAGUUCUAGCUGCAUGAGGAUACAUAGACACGGUACUCUGUGGCGGUACUGUCGCGCGUCUAUGAGCAUCGCCGGCAUUUUCCCGCCAAUCUGCGACCCGCUCGACGGACACCUGCUUUUAGAUGGUUGCUACGUUAAUAAUGUGCCAGCGGACGUGAUGCGGUCGCUCGGUGCGAAACAUAUACUGGCUAUAGACGUGGGAUCCCAGGAUGAUGUGGAUCUUACUAAUUAUGGCGAUGACCUGUCUGGCUGGUGGCUCUUGUGGAAAAGAUGGAACCCGUUCACAACUCCGGUCAAGGUGCCAAAUUUACCCGAUAUACAAAGUCGACUCGCCUACGUAUCUUGUAACAGGCAACUAGAGGAGGUGAAGAAGUCUGACUACUGCGAGUACAUCCGGCCGCCGAUCGACGCGUACAAGACGCUUCAGUUCGGCUCGUUCGACGAGAUCCGCGAGGUGGGCUACCGGCACGGCGCCGCCUACUUCGAGGGCCAGCGGCGCGGCGGCGGCGGCGGCGUCAGCGGCGCCAGCCACCACGCGCUGCAGGGCCGCCGCCGGCCCGACGCGCAGCCCUCGCUCACCGACUACACAUUCACCGACCUCGCACAAAUGGUGUGUUCUGUGCGGACGGGUCGCGACGUUGACGACUCGUCGUCCUCGUCGGACUACGAGGAGGACCCGAGGCACUUCGAAGGGUACGCCUCCGAGCCCAGCGCUGGGAUAUUGGAGAUGUCUUCCAGUGUAGAGGAGGGCGCGGCUUGGAUCAGUGACACGGAAUUGGUGGGCAUAUAUUCGGCUGCACGCUGUAGUUCGCACAGGGAGGGACUCCGCUCCCGUCGCAUGGGCGGCUCCUUAUCUCUGUCCGAAGACGAGAUCGACUCUGAGACGGAGCUAUACGACCCACUUAACAAGCGCGGCGGCGGUAGGUGAGACGCGACACUGCACGACCUGUGCAAGGCCCUCUAUGAGUACGUGCUCAACGAGCGAGACAGCUGUAGUGAGUGACACGUUUGCCCAAUGUCGGGGCGGACUCCGGACAGAUUUUGAAUUUUUGAUACCACGAGUAAUUCGGUCACGAGCUCUUAGACUAUGUCGAAAUUUGGAAUGCUCUAGAGCUUUUUUAACGAACGACUGUUUGUAAUGACAGUAAUAUGUUAUAGUAAUCGUAGAGUGAUCUAUGAAGGUGCAUUAAAAAUAAUUAUUUACAUAAUCUAUAAUUGAAUAAUUCUGUUUAAAAAAAAAUACUGUAUACUUUUUAAAAUUAUUUUUUAAAUUGUGUUUAAAACACAAGUCAAGUACUAUUGAAAAAAUUUGCAUUCAUUACCCAAAAUUUGUCUGUUGAUUUUAUUAGCCAUUAUUUACGCGUCUUUCUAUCUCGAUUUCACUUUUUAAACUGCUAUCAGAGAGAAAGAGAUGGGUUUUGUCUAUGUUUCUAGAUGUCUGUUUAAAAAUCGGAUUUUUUAUUAACAUAUUGUUAUAUUGUUUUAUAUUUAAUAAAUCAAUUAUAUUUGUAGUUGUUUAGUGUGUAUGUAUAUAAAAGUAUCCACGUAUAUUAGAUUCAUUUCAAAUUAUUUUCUGUUACUUGUUCUUUUUAAUCGACUUUAAAGAACAACGUUCUUAAAUCGGUUGUACUUUUUUUUUCUUAUCUCAUAAUUCAGCCAGUUAUAAACCGUUUUAAAACAUUUUUUUUUUAGUUUAGUUUUUAAAUCAAAAUAGCUGGUUUUUUCCCAAUUAGAAUCGUUCGUUUGUGGAAAUGUUGGUUUUAAAUUAUCACAGGAACAAUUCACCCUUUCUCUUACUCGGCCAAUAUUUAAUUAUUUUAUGCCAUUUGUAAUUAGUUUUAAUCUACAUGAUUAUACCAAAGUUGGACGUUUAAUUUAACGUAACGUUGAUUAGUAACGUUUAUGUAUAUAAAGUUAUAUUUCUAACUGUAUUAAAAAUAUAUAUGUUCAAAUAUACUUGAAUACAUAUAUAUUAAAUACGUAUAAACAAAUAUAGCUAGUGAAAUAGAUUUUAAUUUUUAUGAAAAAUUAUAACAGACUUAAAACGGUAGCUAGCUAAUUAUAUAACAACAGUGAUAUAUCUAUAUGUUAGCACUAGAUCUAUAUAAUUCGUUCGAAGCAGGGUCGAUUUUAAGAUUCGUAUGUUUUUUUAAACUAGUGAAUAAACGCAUCAUUUCAUGUCUUUGCGCUAUGUUUGUAAAAUAAUAGUUUUAAUUAGAAUUAUUCCAAAGUAUGCUGUGAUUGUGAUAAUGAAAUUAUUAGUUAAUAACUGCUUAAUAUAAUAACUAUGUUUAACUAUAAUCUGCUUAUUUUGUAUAUAUAUUAAGUAUAUAUAUACUAAGCCAUGAGUAUUUCGAUACUGACUCUUCGGGGAUAAUGUUAUAAGCGUAUAAUACUACAUGCCAAUAUUUUACGCAAUAAUAGUGAUGGCUCAAUAUGUUAACGUAGUUAGUUAUUUUUAACGUUACAUUAAAUGCAUAUAAUUAUAGCUAUUCUAUGCGAUGUUUUUGCAGAAUCUAACGAAGAUAGGUACUAAUACUCCAUUUUGAAUAUAAUAGUCUGGGUUAAUGACAAAAUAAUGUGAUUUUUAAUGAUUCUUAAAUUGCUAGAACAAGUAUAAAGAACAUAAAAAUAACUAGUUAUUGUUUAUGACACAUUAUAGUCCUCUGGCAAUGCACCAUGUGUAUUACAGCGUGUUGUGAUGUCCUCGUCUCGUAUAGGCGAUGGUUGUCACAUCAUCUGGCGGGCUGUCUCAUUGAUUGCUUGAUUUGAUUAAAUAUCAUAAAAAGUAACUACUUAUUUUAUUUAAAUAGUAACUAGUUAUUAAAUAGCAACUAUUUAUUUAUUGAAUAAUAACUGGUUAUUUAUUAAAUAGUAACUAGUAUUUAUUUUAAAAUUACAUCAUUACCUAAAAUCGAAAUUUCUCUGCUUUUUUAGUUGUCUCCAGAGAACUUUACGUUUUAUGUCCGUGUGGUCCAAUACCUUCUAUAUCAUUUGCACUGUCUAAAGUUUGAAGUUUAAUAGAUUUUCCUCCAUCAUAUCUAUUACUGUAGGGCGAUCCUUUCUCAGAUGUGUAACAUUGUCACAUAAUUUACAGCAACCUCCUUUUGGAUAUAAACCUUUAGGAUUAUCAGGGCACUGUCUUGCUAUAUGGCCUGAUUUUUUACGUAUGAAUCAUGUUGUGAAUCUAAAUUACUCAUCCCUUUGCACUAUGCAUUCAAAUUGCCUUUGUUCUAUUGAGCCGCAUUUCAAACAAACACCUUCAGCAGCAUCAACUCCUGGUAUUUUUUAUUUUCUAUAAGUCUAGACAAUCAGAUAGGUUCUGUCCUCCCUUUCUACAAUUAUAACAAACUUCUCUCUUUAAUCUUGCCAGAGCGUUCUUUACUCGCCUUCUUUCCAACUUUAUAGUUCUUUGUUAUUUAUUAACUAGUUAUUUUUAUUAAAUAGUAACUGGUUAUUUAUUCAAUAGUAACUAGUUAUUUUUUAUUAAACAUUAAUUAGUUAUUUUUAUUUUAAAUGCUUUUUUUUUGUUUAUUUUAUGUAUCUAAUUUACGAUGAUAGCCUUUAAGAAUGUGUCAGCCUUGCCGUUAUAUUAAAACAAUAGUCUACAGGAUGUAAUAGAAAUCAUUAGUAUCUUAUUCAGAGGGUGCUCUGUUAGUGAAACUAAAUAGGAUUUUCGACCCAUGCUUAUUUGAUUUUCCUAAAGUUGGAAUCGAAAAUCUCCCUAAAAAUAACCCUCCACACUAUUCCUGACACACUGGCAACCAAAUAUUUUAUACUUUUUUUUU